AUGAUUCUUCUGACCAUUAUAGCCACAGAACAAACUUCAAAUGCUGACUAUUUUUUCGAUAGAAAACAAAAUGUUUUUCAUUGUUUUACAGGAGAUUUGAACUUAACUCUUAGCAAAUACAAUGAUAGUGUUUGUGAUUGUUGUGAUGGCUCAGAUGAAUAUGAAAAUCCAGCAGUCACUUGUAGAAAUACUUGUUACAUCAACGUUUCUUUAUUCAACGAAACAAUUGUUAACAGAUUUAAACGUGCAGUUGAAUUAUCAGAAGCAAACAGACGCUCUUCUGUCAACAGACGUAAUGAAAUGACACAAAUAGAGUCUAAACAAGUCUUUAAGACGCUUUUUUACCAAAAUCUCCAAAGUGCUUGCCAAUUUGAUCAAAGUUACUAUACCUACAAGAUAAACAAGAUUUCAUUUGACAUGCUCAACAUUACUAAAGAUCCACAAGAUUAUUGGAAUGAAUCUAUGAAUCCUCUUUACAGAGGUCGCUACAAUAAAUACCUCGAAGAAGAGAAAAGUAUCAGAGAAGAUGCAUUAACCAAAGCUGUAGAUAUCCAAAACUUUACAUUUGUCCACGAAUUCAGUAAAUUGCACGAUUUACAAAAGAAAUCAAAUGAAACUUGUUUACAAUACGAGCAACGAAUAAAUAAGAGUACAAAUUUAGUUUCUAAGAUGCGUACAAUGCAAUCACUUGAUUUCGGUCAAAACGACGAGUUUGUAGAAUACACAUUAGGUGUUUUUCAAGCAAAUUUCACAUAUAACGGUACAAACUACACAGUUCUUAUAGACAACCUUCGUUCUAUUUCAUUGUUUAGUGAAGGCAAAAUAGAAACAUUCGAUAAUCUCGUACAAGUCCGAAAAUCUUUUAUUUUUGAGUCAUUUCUUGGAAACAAAUUUGUUCUUCUAUUCAGAUGUUAUGACGAAAUAAUACCACUCGCGUAUGGAAAUUACGACAAAUACAGUCACUGCUUAAUAUUGGGAGCUCCUGCAGUGUGUCCGACAGAGUUUUCUAAUGAAAACUUAAUUUCUUUUUAUCGAGAAGCUCAAUACUUUUUGAAAUAG